AUGAGCGCUAUUUUGACGUCUAUCGCAACGAAGCUUAACGACUACGAGAACCAUGAGACAAAUGAUGCGUACGAUGCUGCAUUGACCCAGAAGGUCUUUGUUAUCAACUUCAUCACGUCUUAUAUGCCAAUUUUCCUGACGGCCUUUGUCUACGUGCCAUUUGCUAGCCGAAUUGUCCCCUACCUCGAUGUCUUCCGCUUGACAGUCCGACCUUUUGUGUCAAAGGAACAUGCCACCUCAAAGCGAUCGCAUUUCCAAAUCGAUCCAGCUCGCCUGCGAAACCAGGUUGUUUACUUCACUGUCACAGCCCAGAUCGUUGGCUUCGCCAUGGAGACUAUCGUGCCCUAUAUCAAACAGCAUGCACUCCGCAAAUAUAAAAAGUACAACAAGGAGCGCAAUGGUAAGCUUGACCGAAAUGGCGACAAGGAAUCACCCGAAAGACCCGCCGUGUCCUUCGAUGAUCCGGCCGAGGAAGUGCAGUUCCUCACGCGUGUGCGUAACGAGCUUGAGCUGUCCGAGUACGAUGUGACUGAUGAUCUACGUGAGAUGUGUAUUCAAUUUGGAUACUUGGCCCUCUUCUCACCCACAUGGCCGCUUGUCCCCCUCUCCUUCUUUGUGAACAACUGGGUCGAGUUGCGAUCAGACUUCUUCAAGAUUUGCAUGGAGUUCCGCAGACCUGUGCCAUUGCGGACUGACACCAUUGGACCCUGGCUCGAUAGCCUGGGAUUCCUCUCCUGGGUCGGAAGUAUCACGAGCGCCUCCCUGGUCUACAUGUUCAGUGGCAACGCACAGCACGGGCCCAACGGCGAGCCGACAGAUAUCAAAGGCUGGGCUCUGCUUUUGACAAUCUUCUUUUCGGAACAUCUGUAUCUUAUUGUGCGGUAUGCUGUGCGGGCUGGUAUGGCCAGAAUUGAGCCUCCCAAUUCCCGCAAGGAGCGCACUGACCGUUACCUCAUGCGCAAGCGCUAUCUUGAGUCGACAACCAAUGCCGAGGCGGAUGAGGAAAAGGACGAGGACGAAAUCACGUCUGUGGCUCAGUUAACUGAUAUCUCACGCACCUCUCUUGAAAAUGAUGCUCGGCGUGCGUCUUUGCACGGCGCCGACCCCGCAACCCGUUUCUGGAUGCACCAGCGAGGUUGGAUGGAGUCAGCGAAGAUUGGAGCUGGAAUUAUACAGGCACAGCCUACCAACGGUAGCGUGAAGAAGCAACAGUAG